GCUUCCGGGAGUGCGUGGCCAUGGAGCCGUCGGGGGAGGAGGAGAAGGGGGGCGGCCGGUUCUGUGCCAGCGAGCACCAGCACGUCCGUUACAACCCCCUGCGGGAUGACUGGGUGCUGGUGUCGGCCCACCGGGUGAAGCGGCCAUGGCAGGGGCAGCUGGAGAAGCCGCCCCCCGAGGAUGUGCCCCGCUGGGAUCCCAACAACCCUCUCUGCCCCGGGGCGACGCGGGCCAAUGGCGAGGUGAACCCCCAGUACGAGGGCACCUUCGUGUUCCCAAAUGACUUCCCGGCCCUACAGCCUGAUGCUCCAGAGCCUGAUGACAGCGGUCAUCCCUUGUUUCGAGCUGCAGCAGCCCGGGGGGUGUGCAAGGUGAUGUGCUUCCACCCCUGGUCGGACCUGACGCUGCCUCUCAUGUCCCUGGCAGAGAUCCGGGCUGUCAUCGAUGCAUGGGCAGAGCUGGCGGCUGAGCUGGGUGCCUCCUACCCCUGGGUGCAGAUCUUCGAGAACAAAGGAGCGAUGAUGGGAUGCUCCAACCCGCACCCCCACUGCCAGGUAUGGGCCAGCAGCUUCCUCCCGAACGAGGCAUGCCUGGAGGACCGGACCCAGCAGCAGCACCUGAACCAGCACGGUGUGCCCAUGCUGCUGGAGUACGCUGAGCAGGAGGCUCGUCGGAAGGAGCGGCUGGUGGUGGAGAACAAGGACUGGCUGGUGGUGGUGCCGUACUGGGCUACCUGGCCCUACCAGACCCUGCUGCUGCCACGUCGCCACAUCUGCCGCCUCCAAGACCUCCACGAGGGCGAGAAGGACAGCCUCGCCUCCAUCAUGAAGAGGCUGCUCAUCAAGUAUGACAACCUCUUUGAAGUCUCCUUCCCCUACUCCAUGGGCUGGCAUGGAGCCCCCACAGGUCCCUACCUGGAGAAGGACUGCAGGCACUGGCAGCUCCAUGCCCACUACUACCCCCCUCUGCUCCGCUCUGCCACUGUCCGCAAGUUCAUGGUGGGCUAUGAGAUGCUGGCACAGGCACAGCGGGAUCUCACCCCGGAGCAGGCAGCUGAGCGCCUGCGGAGCCUGCCCGAGGUGCACUACAAGCAGAGGGCUAAGGAGAUGUCAUGAUGGGGAGCAGCAGGGCCAGCCCUCACUGUGCUUCAUGAGACCAGGAAGAGGAAUCAGCUGGGGAUGAUGAGAGCUGAGGCCUGGCAACUCAUGUCACUUGUGAGCUCUCUGAUCUCCAGCUUCUGAGCCUUGUCCCCACUUAGGGGCUGGUUUUGCCUGUUGGGAUGCCCCAGUCCUAAUCUUGUGGCAUCAUCACACAGACGGUGCUGUUCUCUCUGUCCCUUUCCCUAUCUCUUUUGCCUCCACAGCAUGCUCCUACCACCACUAAAGGUCUUACCCUCCUUACUAUUCCAGUCUUACUGGUGGGACUGGGAGUGCUACCUAUCUGUGGAGGAGCACAGAUCCCCAUAGUCAAUAAAACCCUCAAGCAAAG